CCUCACUCAACACUCUGACGUCUGCUAAGUGCUAUUGUAUAUCUGUGGAAGUUAGGUUAUAAUAUUCACAUGCUAGUCUAAGAACGCAUUGUUUUAUGUAUAUUGUUGUUAUAGUAUUAGAGAAACAAAUCGGAUUAAAUUUUCUUCCAUAUAUGCAAUAUAUACAGUUUUGUGAUUUUUACAUUGCAUGAAAAAAAAUGAAGAAAGGCAGUGUACAAUUUGAAGUUAUAGUAGGCACUUAUGAAGAGUUCGUUCUAGGUUACCAGUUUUUAUUAGAAGAUGGUAUUAAGGGCGAAUUGACUCAAACCUUUGCGACUCAUUCUCACAGGGCCAGUGUGAGGGCUGUAGCAUCAUGUGGGAAACUGGUUGUUUCAGGAGGGGCCGAUGAGACCAUUAACAUCUACAACAUGUUUACUCGCAAAGAGAGUGGAAUGUUGAUGGAGCACAACGGCACUAUAACCAGUCUGAGUUUCACACCUGACUGUUCUCAUGUGAUCAGCGCCAGCGAGGAUGGAUCCAUCAAGAUCUUCCGACAAGGAAGCUGGCAGCUGGAGAAAGUUUGGCCGAAAGCUCACAAAGGGACACCGGUGACGUGCCUGGCUGUUCACCCGAGUGGGAAGAUGGCACUUUCUGUGGGGAAGGACCACACUCUCCGUACCUGGAACCUGGUGAAGGGACGGCCGGCGUACACCACCAACCUGUACAGCCGUUGUAAACAGUUGGAGAAUGUGGUGUGGUCUCCAGGUGGUAUAUUGUUUGCCAUCCCCAUGGACAGCAAGUUGGAGAUCAGCAGCACAGAGAAGGCAGGUAUCCUGCAGACUCUGGAGUUACAGUCCAAAGUCACUGCAAGUAUUUUCUUAUCGGACGAGGUUGUGUGUGUGGGGGAAGCGAGUGGUGCUGUGAGUGCCUACUCUGUAGAAGGCUCCUGCCUGUGGAGCCUGUCUGUGGAGGAAAGAGUGCGGGGGCUGGCCUACCUCCAUUCUCAUCUGGUGGUGGGGACAAGUGGAGGCAAGAUUCGGGUCUAUCACGCUCCUGUCAUAACGGAACUGCCACAGUUAGCAGCCUCUGCUGACACUGGUUGCCGCAUUACCUGCCUUACUCUCUUCGACUACAAGAGUGAGGUGAAAGUGAAGAAGGAACCAUCAGAUGAAGAUCGUAUAGACGAAAAAAGCUCUCCCAUUUCUAAAAGCAUUCAUAAUAAAAAAAGAAACCUGUCGGGUUUUGAAGAAACGUCUGUUUUGUCUCAACCAGAUUCUCCAGAGAAGAAAAAGAAAAGAACUGAUUUUGAAGAAGUUCCUGUGUCAGACACACGGACAACCAAUAAGAAGUCAAAAUCAAGAACUGUCACACGAAACCCGUGUGGUCAAAAAUGGGUUGUAGAAGACAGCAAAAGAUGACAAAAAUGUGAUACUCUAAAAAAUAAAUAAUUUUUUUAUUUAUCCAA